AUGUGGGAUUCGGAGUGUGAAGAAUUGCUGAGGGGGGGUGGGGGGGGGGGGGGGGGGGGGGGGGGGGGGGGGGGGGGGGGGGGGGGGGGGGGGGGGGGGGGGGGGGGGGGGGGGGGGGGGGGGGGGGGGGGGGGGGGGGGGGGGGGGGGGGGGGGGGGGGGGGGGGGGGGGGGGGGGGGGGGGGGGGGGGGGUGGGGGGGGGGGGGGGGGGGGGGGGGGGGGGGGGGGGGGGGGGGGGGGGGGGGGGGGGGGGGGGGGGGGGGGGGGGGGGGGGGGGGGGGGGGGGGGGGGGGGGGGGGGGGGGGGGGGGGGGGGGGGGGGGGGGGGGGGGGGGGGGGGGGGGGGGGGGGGGGGGGGGGGGGGGGGGGGGGGGGGGGGGGGGGGGGGGGGGGGUGGGGGGGGGGGGGGGGGGGGGGGGGGGGGGGGGGGGGGGGGGGGGGGGGGGUGGGGGGGGGGGGGGUGGGGGGGGGGGGGGGGGGGGGGGGGUGGGGGUGGGGGGUGGGGGGGGGGGGUGGUGGGGGGGGGGGGGGGGGGGGGGGGGGGGGGGGGGGGUGGGGGGGGGGGGGGAUAGGGGAAGAUGAUGUUGGGAAUGUGGGGAUAUGA